AGCACAAGCCUCCAGCAGCACGGGAGGACGCACACAAAGGAGAGACCCUUUCUCUCCACCACGUGUGGGAAGAGCUUCAACUGGUGCUCCGAACUCAUCUGUCACCAACUCAUCCACACAGGAGAGAAGCCCUUCAUGUGCUUGGAUU